UGUUCCUAUCACUGCGUUUGUCGUGUGUGUUUUGUUCGUGUUUGGCACAUUUGACAUAUUUCCUAUCGAUAAGUUUUAUUGUUAACCCUCAGAUUUUGAAGCGAAAUAUUUUUUGUUUUUUUAAAUAAGUGAAAUCAAACCAAUUCAAAAUUGUUAUGAUAAUGAACACUUCAAACUCCGAUAGCAGUUGUGCAGUUUUAGAAAAUGAUGUUUCCAUAAUCGAAUUAGACGCGAGUGCAGAACUGGCUGCCGAGGUUAAAUUGGCGGAAUCCGAUGACAACACACAGAAUGCAUCUAUUUUGAAAAUAUGUUUUAAGGAUUCAGCAACGUACGGUGAAUUAAGUAAUCUGAUUGCCAAGUGUGUCAAAAAUGCGUUGCUUUACUUGCAAAAAAGUGUAAUUUUAACGGAAGACUCGUCAACAUUCACACUGACAUUCAACGAAACAUCAACGGCUGACAAUAAUCUGUUUAUUGUGGACUCCGUACCGGCGCCAGAAAUUGCCAAUGUUGUUCCGGAAUAUGAAGUCAUAAUAAAUGAAGCAACCGUUGACCAGACACAAGAUGAUCCAGCCACUGCACCGAAAUCGGCACAAAAUACAUGUUUCAAUUGCGAUGGCAAUCAUGCCAUCAAAGACUGUAUGAAGCCAAAGGAUUUAGCUAAAAUAAAGCAAAAUCGAGCCAAAUUCUCCAGCAACAGAAUGAGCUACGAGCGCUAUCAUGUCGAUGCGGAACAGAAAUACGGACAUUUGGUGGCCGGUGAAUUGAGCAAAGAUUUACGGAAUGCAUUGGGCCUGAGGAGCAAAGAGUUGCCGGUUCACAUUUAUCGAAUGCGGGUUCUAGGCUACCCUCCUGGAUGGCUAGAGCAUGCUAAAGUUUCGGGUUCCGGAUUGUCCAUGUUCGAUUCAGAGGGAAAAGAAACUGAUGUGAAUGAGAGUGACGACGAAGACAAAUUCGAUUUGAAGAAAAUCAUCAGUUUUCCCGGCUUCAAUGUCGAAGCACCACAUGGAACUAGAGACGACAGCCGAAAUUAUCGAGCUCCGCCGAUGCAACAUCAUGAUAGCAAAGCCGUAAUGAUUGAACACUUUAGGAGCAAGUCCACUAAGGCGUACAAAAGAAAAUCUAUUCGGAAUACGGAUACUGACAUAACCGUUCUGGAACCAACUGAUAUGGAUAUUGAUGAUGAGAGUGAUGAUAAUGAUUUGAUCAAUGUGCCAUUAGGUGAACGACUAGCUCAACUAGAGGACGACAGUUCUGUGCCAGCCAAGUUACCGAAACAAUCACAUCAUAAACCGAGCCCACCUGCUUCGCCAACACCAAUGCCUUCGGAAAAUCAAUCGCCUUUAUCCGAUGGUGAAAUCGCUGACAAUGAACUAACUCGUGCAGAUUCACCUUCGCUCGAUGACUUAAACGAAAGGAAAAAACGUCUACUGAAUGCCCUCGACGAUUCGGCCGUCUCCACUACAACCCUAACGAAAAGGCCAUCGGACGAUGAUUCACUAAUCGACGACAUAUUGGCGUUGCAAGAUGACUCGGCCUUAGACUCGUCUGCAAUCACCGAUGAAAACGGUGACACAUCCACAAUCGAUGCCAGCCAGUCCACAAUAGGCGCUUCUCCGCCGGUCACACCCAACAUCCAUUCUCUGGUUAACAAAAGUGUGUUGCAUGUGAGUAAGGAGACGGUUGGCGGUACUCCCGUUAUAAAGGGUGUAUCGCCGUUCGGUAAUUUGCCGCAAAGUGAAAAAUGGCGGGAAGGUGUGUCGGAUGUGUUGGAUUUUGAAAAUUUACCUGAAUCGAUUGGAAAAUAUGAAAAAAUGAGAACUUUGAUCGAGAAGGUUCGCGUAAAAGUGAAAAAAAUUCAAUACGAAGAUGAGGAUAGAUAAUAAUCAAAAUUGAUUAGUCCAUGAAUCGGAACUUGGAAUUUUAUUUUUAUCGAAUGAGAGAAGAGAAAAUAAAAUUUUAUUGGAAAGGAG